AUGUUAGGGCGAAGAGUCAAGAUCCUUUUUAAUAAUCGCCUAAAAAGUGCAUUAUUAUAUAAGAUACGUUGUUUUGCUUCUGAUGAAUCGUUUACCAAUAAUGUUGCGAAGAAACCGACAAAGCAAUUGUGCAAAAAUCAUUAUGACGUGGUGAUUAUUGGCGGAGGAAUGAUAGGAACAACAUUAGCUAGUGCAAUUGGCAAGAAUGACUAUCUUUCUGAACUCUCAGUACUUCUAUUAGAGGCAUCUGAAAAAUCUAAACCAUUCUCUAGUUCAAAUUACUCCAAUAGGGUGUCCGCACUCAAUCAGAGUUCAGUUGAUUUACUGAAAUCAAUUGGUGCAUGGAAUCAUAUUACUUCUGCACGAUUUAAGACCGUCAAACGAAUGCAAGUUUGGGAUGCAAUAUCAGAUACUUUCAUAACAUUCAAUGAAGAAGAUACAAAUAAUGAUUUGGCUUUUAUUGUGGAAAACGACUUGAUUAUGGAAUCUGUUCUUAAAACAUUGAAAAAUAUGUCAAAUAUUGAAAUUAAUUAUGCUUCAAAAAUUGAAAAAAUAUCUACUAAUACGGAAAAAUCUACAAUUGCAGUAACACUUAAAGACGGAGAAACAUUUUCAUGCAAUUUACUAGUAGGAGCUGAUGGGGCAAAAUCUAUCGUGAGACACAAUAUGAACGUCAAUACAUUUGACAUAUCUUACAAGCAAUUAGGAAUUGUUGCAACACUUGAAGUAGAAAGUAAAAAAGAUGGAAAUGCAACUGCUUGGCAAAGAUUCCUUCUAACAGGUCCAAUAGCACUCUUGCCUCUCACGGAUACUCUUAGUUCAUUGGUGUGGUCUACGACAACUGAAGAAACAAAAAAAUUAAUUAAAAUGACCCCUGAAGACUUUACUGGAAAAGUGAAUGAGGCCUUUAAUAGACAAAUGCAUUAUUCAUUCAAUUUUGCAUUCUCAUCGAUAAUAAAAAGUCUAAAAUUAUUGCCAACUACUACUUUGACAAAAAAACAAACUCCACCGAAGGUAAUUAGAAUUAUGACCAAUUCAAGGGCUGUUUUUCCCCUUGGACUUUCUCAUGCAUCUUCAUAUGUCAAAAAUGGAAUGGUUUUAAUUGGCGAUGCUGCUCAUAGAAUUCAUCCAUUAGCUGGUCAAGGCGUAAAUUUGGGAUUUGGUGAUAUAAAAAGCCUUACGACUGUGCUUGAAGGCGCUGUGUGUAAUGGUGCGAAGAUUAAUAAUCCGGGAUAUUUAUUACAAUAUGAAAAAGAGAGACUUUUACAUAAUGUACCCGUGAUAUUGGGUAUUCAUGCAUUACAAAGACUCUACUGUACAGAUUUAACUCCUGUAGUACUCAUGAGAAGCAUUGGCCUACAGAUAACACAUUCUUUUUCCCUUCUAAAGAAAUUCUUUAUAAAGCAAGCAAUGCAUUAAUGACGAUAUUCAGACUAUAACAAAAAAAAAAAAGAAAGUGGAAUACUAUAAACAUGUAUUUUAUUAAAUGAUUGAAUUAAAAUGGUAUUAAAAACAAAA